GUCGCCACACAGCACAGAGCAGUACAUGCAUGCACAUGCUUUUCUUCAGUGGAUUUAUUUAUUUAUUUAUUAUUGAUUCAUUUCUGAUUUGGUCUUCAUCUGUCUCCAAAUAUGACGAUCAGAACCGUCCGCCCUGACCACGUGCAACAUAUCCGGCCACGUAUGCACUGCCUGAAAAAGCUGGAGGCCAUCGUGGUGGAGAUGCAGGACCCGACGAGCGGAGUGAAAGGUUCAGAGCAGAAACUCAACGUCACGACCAUCCCACAUGUCAUCACUGGUAAGGACAUCAUCGCAUGGAUUGUCAACAAGAUGAAGACUCCAACAGAAGAAGCCAAUGUCUUUGGCACCAUGUUGGUGGCCUAUGGCUACAUCUACCCCCUCCAGAACCACAGGAAGCUGAUCAUGUGCAACGACAACAGCCUCUACCGCUUCCAGACGCCAUACUUCUGGCCUUCUCAGAAAUGGCUGGCAGAGGACACUGACUAUGCCAUUUAUCUGGCCAAGAGGAACAUCAGAAAGAAAGGCAUGCUGGAACCUUAUGAACAGGCUCAUUACAACCAUCUCCAUAAAUGGCUGAACCACAAGUGGGACUUCAUCGUGAUGCAGGCCACUGAACAGUACAGGGCUGGUAAAGAGAGAAAGAAGCCAGAUCGAGUGGUGUUUGACUGCCAAGAGAGAGCUUACUGGAUCCUCAACAGGCCUCCGCGGCAUACUCACAGUGCUAUGGACUGUGGUCCAGAGCGUCUUGUUGAUCCUGAUGAAGAUCAGAUAAUCAGCUUUGACCAGUACAGACGCAUGAACGUGUUCUUCCAACAAGCCAUCAUGAGGUCAAAGGUUAAAUCAAGCGUGUCUCUUGGAGCACUGGUCAAGUACAUCACAACGUACAAAACCCACGACCCCUUCCUGGCUCCAUGUUUACCCAGCAACCCCUGGCAAACAGACAUUGAUGCUUACUGGACUCUGAACAUGAGAAGAGUUGACUUGCCGACUAAGAUGAGGGUCGAGCGCUGGUCCUUCAGCUUGUUUGAGCUACUGACCGACCUGCGAGGCCGAGACGACUUCAAGAUCUUCCUGAAGAAGGAGUUCAGUGGGGAGAACUUGGCUUUUUGGGAAGCAGCUGAAGAACUAAAGUGGGGAACUGCAUCAUCUAUGAGAACCAAAGCUGAGACCAUUUUCAAGACCUUCCUGGCCCCCGGUGCUCCUCGCUGGAUCAACAUUGACGGUAGGACCAUGGGUCUGACAGUGAAAGGCCUGGAACAUCCUCACCGCUACGUGCUGGAUGCUGCGCAGACUCAUGUCUUCCUGCUCAUGAAAAAGGACACUUUCUUCCGUUACCUGAAGUCUCCGGUGUACAAAGACAUCCAGAAGAAGGCGCUGAACCCUGAGCCUCAGAACUUCAGUCCAGCCCAGCUGGAGCAAAAUGCUCAGAACCGAAGUGUGGGCAUCCAUCCCAUCAUCCUGUGGAAACAGGAGGAGGAAGAAAAGGCUAAGGCUGCUGCUGCCUCCGCUCCUGUUGACGUCAAGGCCAUGAUGAGCAAAAUCGACAGGAAGAAGUAGAAGAGAGAGUUAUAGAAUUUGAUUAAGUGAGUUUCCAUGGAUAGGAUCUUGUAAAUAAUAAAUGAAGGGUGAAACCUGCGACACAAACCCACAUCCACACUGCUCUUUAAGCAUGUCAUUUUCUGUGUUCAUUACUUAAGAUACUUUGAAUCAACGUUCUUAUUAUCAAUAAAUAACUAAAGAUGCUUUAUA